AAACGGGUCACGUCCUCCGAGAACGUGUCGUAUUUGAUGAGCAUGGUCUGCGCCUGUUAGCGCACGUCGAGAAACAUUGUAGAGUAGUUACCAUUAGAUCACCUCCAGGAAGGAACUGGACAAGACGUGAGAAAGGGAUCGAGAUAAGGAGGGGACAUCACGUUCCGCACGAACAUGUGCCAACUACUCUAGUCAGAAGCAGACCACAUAAAUCUUGCCCGUAUCCAACUUUUGUACCAACCGGACCUGCACCUCGUCAACACCAGUCUACAUGGAUAAACCCAGCGGUCGCUCACCUCUCCAAAAGCACCCUUGCCAAUGACCUUGACGGUCCUAAAGUCAUCCAAACCAAGCUUGGUCCUCCUCAGCCUCAAGAACGUCGAUUCUUUUUUUCCCGAGGGCUUGCAGUUGCCUCUGUCUCCGAUCAUCCGACAUUGUAG